GAGACGUCAUUCUGAGACGCUUUGAGACCGUUAACACUGGAUAUUUUAUUUUUACGGAGGAAGAUAUUAGAGUCUCCAGAACCCAGUAUUGUGAAGACCAGCAGACUGAUAGAGCCAUACAUUGACUGAUGACUGAUAGCCUGAUGAUAGACUGAUGAGGAUAGAGUUAUACAUUCAACGAUGUAACAAUGACCUCUGGACCAAGUGUUAAGAGGAAGUGUCAGAGAUCAGAGUCUCCAGAACCCAGUAAUGUGUCUAUGAAGAGUGACAGAUCGAUGGAUAAACCCAUUUACCUCAAAGGACCAGUAAAACAUGACCCUCGGAGGCAGAGUGAGAGAUCAGAAUCUCCAGAAGCCAGUUGUGUGUCUAUGAAGAGUGACAGAUCCAUGGAUAAACCCAUUUACUUCAGAGGACCAGUAAAACAUGAUCCUCGGAGGCAGAGUUCGAUACCAGAGUCUCCAGAACCCAGCAGUGUGUCUAUGAAGAGUGACAGAUCCAUGGAUAAACCGAUUUACUUCAGAGGACCAGUGACCAAUGACCCUCAUGUUAACAGUCAGAGAUCAGAAUCUCCAGAACCCAGCAGUGUGUCUAUGAAGAGUGACAGAUCUAUGGAUAAACCCAUUUACCUGACUGGACAAGUGACCUCUGAUCCUCGGAGGAAGAGUCCAAGAUCAGAUUCUCCAGAACCCAGCAGUGUGUCUAUAAAGAGUGACAGAUCUAUGGAUAAACCCAUCUACUUCAGAGGACCAGUGACCUCAGACUCUUGCAGGAGCUUGGGUAAGAGAUCAGAGUCUCCAGAACACAACAGUGUGUCUAUAAAGAGUGAUAGGUCUAUGGAUCAACCCAUUAACCUUGGAGGUCCAUUGACAUCUGACCCUCGAAUGAAAGCCUACGUUGGAAAGAACAACAGUGAAGCAUUGACAAGAACAUGUGCAGUUAAGACAGAACUGCAGACAGUCAAAGACCAGCACAAAAUCAGCAUGAAGAAUAAGUAUGAGAGACUAUUUGAGGGAAUCAAAGAAAAAAACACUCAAACCCUCCUGAACAGGAUCUACACACAACUCUACAUCAUAGAGGGAGAGAGUGAAGGGGUGAAUGAAGAGCAUGAGGUUUUACAGAUGGAAAAAACAGCCAGAACACAACACUCGCAAGACACUCCAAUAUACUGCCAAGACAUCUUUAAGGCCUCACCUCAAUCAGAAUCUGAAGAGAAAAAACAUAUCAAGACGGUUCUUACUAAAGGCAUCGCAGGAAUUGGAAAAACCGUCUCUGUGCAGAAGCUCAUUCUGGAUUGGGCUGAGGGAAAAUCUAACCAGGAUGUAGAUUUCAUGUUUGUGUUUACAUUUCGAGAGCUUAACUUAAUUCGAGACCAUCAGUACAGUUUUCACAGACUUCUGCUGGACUUUCAUUCAGAUCUUCAUGAUCUGGACUCCAGGAUUUAUGAAGAGUGUAAACUUGUGUUCAUCUUUGAUGGUCUGGAUGAAAGCAGAAUUACACUGAGAUUUACAGACAUUGAGAAGGCUUCUGAUGUGACUGAGACUUCAUCAGUGGAUGUGUUGAUGUCGAAUCUAAUAAAAGGAGAUUUGCUUCCUUCUUCUCUCAUCUGGAUCACCUCCAGACCAGCAGCAGCCAGUCAGAUCCCAUCCAUAUACAUCAACCGCCUGACAGAAAUUCAGGGAUUCAAUGAGCCACAGAAGGAGGAAUAUUUCAGGAAGAGAAUCAGCGAUGAGCAACAGGCCAACAGAAUCAUCUGGCACAUCAGAAGAGCAAGAAGCCUCCAUAUCAUGUGCCACAUACCUGUAUUCUGCUGGAUCUCAUCAACUGUGCUUCAGAAGCUCCUGAAAGAUGAUCUGAGUACAGAAAUCCCUCAAACUCUCACUGAAAUGUACAUCCACUUCCUGCUGAUUCAGAUCAAUAUCAAAAACCAGAAGUAUGAGGGGACGGAUCCAGAGAAACUCCUGCAGUCCAACAGAGAAGUGAUUGUCAAACUUGCUGAAGUGGCUUUCAAACAGUUGUUGAAGGGCAAUAUAAUGUUCUAUGAGGAGGACCUGAUUGAGAGCAGCAUAGAUAUCACUGAUGCCUCAGUGUAUUCUGGGAUUUGCACUGAGAUUUUUAAGGAGGAAUCAGUGAUUUAUGAGAAGAAAGUGUACAGCUUCAUUCAUCUGAGUGUCCAGGAGUUUCUUGCUGCUUUCUAUUUGUUUUACUUUCAUGUAAAUACAUCUAUGGAGGGAUUGAAGUGUUUUGCUUCAAUACAAAGUUUGCUUAAAGGUGCAGUUGAUGAAGCCCUUGAGAGAGUAAAUGGACAGCUGGAUCUGUUCCUGCGCUUCCUGCUGGGCAUCUCAAUGGAGUCUAAUCAGAAACUCUUGCAGGAUCUACUGACACACAGAGAGGAAAGUGCAGAAAGCAUCGGGAGGACCACACAGUACAUUAAAGUGAGGCUCAAAGAUGGACUUGAACUCUCCACUGAAAGAUCCAUCAACCUGUUCCUCUGUCUACUGGAAGUGAAAGACCAAACUUUGUCCAGAGAGAUUCAAGAAUUUGUUAAAUCAGACAAACACUCAGAGAAGAAACUCUCUCCUGCUCACUGCUCAGUAGUUGCCUACAUGCUUCAGAUGUCAGAUGAGGUGCUGGAUGAGCUGGACCUUAAGAGAUACAACACGUCAGCUGAGGGGAGAAGAAGACUACUACCAGCUGUGAGCAACUGCACAAAAGCUAUUCUCUCUGGCUGUAGUCUCUCAGAUCAGUCCUGUGAAAUUGUGGCAUCAGCUCUAAAUUCCUCAAACUGUGUCUUGAGAGAGCUGGACCUGAGUAACAAUGACCUGCAGGAUUCAGGAGUCAAGCUUCUUUCUGAUGGACUGAAGAGUCCAAACUGUCAAAUAGAGAUACUCAGGUUGUCUGGCUGUAUGGUAACAGAACAUGGCAGUGGUCAUGUGUCUUCAGCUCUCAGUUUAAACCCGUCACACCUCAGAGAGCUGGAUCUGAGCUACAAUCAUCCAGGACAAUCUGGAGUGCAGCUCCUCAGCGACAAACUGUUUGAUCCAAACUACCGACUGCAGACACUAAAAUUGGACCAUGGAGGACAUUUAAGAAUAACACCAGGACUAAGGAAAUAUGCCUAUGAUCUCACGCUGGAUCCAAACACGGCACAUGCUCGUCUCAUUCUCUCUGAGGACAACAGGAAAGUGACAUGUGUCGAAGCCAAGCAGCCGUAUCCAGAUCAUCCAGAGAGAUUUGAGAGCAAUGUGCAGGUUCUGUGUAGAGAGAGUCUGACUGAACGCUGUUACUGGGAGGCUGAAUGGAGCGGAUGGGGUCAUGUUGGAGUGACAUAUAAAGGAAUCAACAGAAAAGGUGGAAGUGACUCUUGGUUUGGAUACACUGAGCACUCCUGGAGUGUUUUCUGCAUUGGAGAUGGAUUCAACGUCUGGCACAAUAAUAAGAGCAUAUACAUUUCUUCUCCUUCACCUUCUAAAAGGGUAGGAGUAUAUUUGGACUGGUCGGCUGGCAUUCUGUCCUUCUACAGUGUCUCUGACAUAUAUACACUCACACAUUUACACACAUUCAAAACCACAUUUACAGAACCACUCUAUGCUGGAUUUAAGGUUUAUGAUUCCUCAGUGUCAUUGUGUCAGAUUAAACACUGUGAGAAACAACGGAGACAUGAAUUGUUUUGUUCAUCUUAAAUUUUAAUGUUACUGUUUAUUUUCUAUUUAUGUGCAUGAAUUUACAGUAUUAUGAAUCCAUAAAUAAAUGAAUAAAUAAAAUUAA